AUGUCGAAAUCGAAAACCAAGCAAGCACGCCGCCAACUGAAGCGCGACGGGCAGCGCAAAAUCGCCGAGCAUCACAAAAAAGAAGCCAAAAAGGCGGCCGCCGAAUACGUAAAGCCCACGAACCCACGCGCCACGAUCCCGUCGAGCAAACCCACGCCAAAGAAGCAGAGGCCCGACACGACGACGCAGACAGCCGAGACACGUGCGCCAAAGGCAGUACAGGCGUCGCAGAAGCCCGAGGUUCCGUUCGGAGAGUACGAGCACAUCCUGCUGGUGGGCGAGGGCGAUUUCAGCUUCACGCGCUCACUCGUCGAGGACCACGGGUGCGCCAACGUGACGGCCACGAGCUUCGAUGCCGAGGACGAGGUGCUGGCGAAAUACCCCGCGUUCGCGGAGACGAAGAGUGUGUUGACGGGCCUCGCGCCGCCCGUCCCUCUGCACCACGACGUGGAUGCGACGAAGCUCAGCAGCCACAAGAGCCUGCGGUGUAUCCGCGACGACGAAGAUGCAGAGGAAGCGGACGACGGCGUGAGCGGGUGGGACAGCAUCGUCUUCAUGUUCCCGCACGUCGGCGGGCUGAGCACCGACGUGAACCGGCAGGUGCGCAGCAACCAGGCGCUGCUGGUGGGCUUCUUCAAGGCCUGCCUCGAGACCAGCACGCCCGCGCAGCGCCUGCGCGUGCUAGAACAGCAGGCCAACCGGCCCAAUCUCGUGCAGCGGCGGCCCCGCGAGUUCCUCAAGACGGGCGGCCGCAUCGUGGUCGCGCUGUUCGAGGGCGCGCCGUACUCGCUCUGGAACGUGCGCGAUCUCGCGCGCCACGCGGGGCUGAAGGUCGUGCAGAGCUGGCGCUUCGAUUGGGCACAGUACCCGGCGUACAGCCACGUGCGGACGCUGGGCGCGCUGGAGGGCGGCGGGGCGUGGAGGGGCGAGGACCGCGAGGCGCGCAUGUAUGUGUUUGAGAAGAUUGCGCUCGAGGCUGAUAGCGACGAGGAGCGGGAGCUGGAGAAGCGGGGGGUCAAGUUGGGGAAGAAGAGGGCGCCGAAGCCGCGCAAGAAGCGCAAGGCUGACGACGAUGACAGCGACUAG